AUAGAUAGAUAGAUAGAUAGGGAGGGAUGGAUAGGGGGACGGAGAGAGAAAGAGAUGGAGGGAGGGAGGGAGAGCAAGAGAGAUGGGCAGGCAGGCUCAUUGGACUUCAUAUACAGUAAUUAAAAAAAGAUUGUUAGUGGAGGCAAAUUUACAAUUUGUUUUUUUUUUUUGGUGUGUGUGUGUGUGUGUGUGUGUGUGUGUGUGUGUGUGUGUGUAAAGGAAUACAGUCUGAACAGGAUAAAAUCAGAUGUAAUGGAACGGCUAAUAGGCAACUGGAUGCAGAUUACCGUCCAUGUUUAAUCUCUCAGCAUGCUGGUUAGUAUGAAACAAUAGGCUGACUCUGGAUGUGGUAAUUAUUGAUCACGUGAGCUUUUUUUCUGUGUGGGAAACCCAUGAUUAUCUGUCAUCUUACUCUUCCUAACUAAGGCUUCUGCUUUUCCUUCCCAUCGGGCUUUUAAAAGCCGUUUGCAAAUACAGCUGGUCUUUCUGCAAAGCAUUGAAAACCUGGAGUUCUCAGUUUGUACCUUUGUGACUGGAGCCAAAUUCCACCCUCCCUCAGAAAGGCUGUUACAAGUUGUUGUUGUGAACAACAACAACAAAUAAUAAGAAAACCAACCAGUCACUGGGGACAGACGUGGAACCAAAGUCAGGGUAGAGACAAUAUUGGCGUCUCAUCCAAAAGGAUUCCCACAACAAUUCUUCCCGCUUUUCCUUUCCCACUCCAAAAAUCUCCACGUUUGCAGCUUGAUCCUUUUGAAAGGGAACUCACAACAGUGCAAUAUUGCUAGAGGGCUGGACUAGAAGACCUCCAAGGUCCCUUCCAGCUUCUAUUCUAUUCUAUUCUAUUCUAUUCUAUUCUAUUCUAUUCUAUUCUAUUCUAUUCUAUUCUAUUCUAUUCUAUUCUAUUCUAUUCUAUUCUAAAAUGGGGCACAACUCAUUUAAGAAAUGUCUCAUUUAGCAACAGAAAUGUUGGACUCUGUUGAGGUCAUAAUUGAGCCUCUCCAUGUUCAGUUUUGUCUUGGCUGAGGCUCUUCCAUGCCCCGAUCUGAGAAAGCAUUCGGAGGCCUUGUCUCCCAAUCUUGGCAUUUGUGCUUCUUGUUACCUGGAGUUUGCCAAGGUUUGGGCAGGUAUUUAGGCGGGACUGGAUUUGCCUAGGUGUGGUAACAGUGAACACAAGUGGAGGAGGAAAAAAAACCAACACCCACACUGGCCAACAACAACAGCAGCAGACGGUUUCUCAAUCUGCAAGGGAGAUUUCUGGAUGGAAGUAGCGACUCUCAAAUCAGCCGGUUCUUUGUGUAACUACUCCAAGGAAACUGUGGGAGGAAGUUUAAGAAGAGGGGUUCUCCCACACUCGCGUAAAUUCCGAAACUAGAAGGAAGCAUUCCCCAACCUUUCCAGCUUUGUGGACUGGCGGCGGUGGGGAGAAAGGAUAGCACACAUACCCACUGCUCACAAAUGGAGCUUCAUACAUUCGCCCGCUGCUCACAGAUUAUGGCUGAUGUCAUCAAGAAAGUCAAAAAGAAGGGAGAAUGGAAGGUGCUGGUGGUGGACCAGCUGAGCAUGCGUAUGCUGUCCUCCUGCUGUAAAAUGACAGAUAUCAUGACGGAGGGGAUAACAAUUGUGGAAGACAUCAAUAAACGCCGAGAGCCACUGCCCAGCCUGGAGGCUGUGUAUCUCAUCACUCCAUCUGAAAAGUCAGUGGAGUCCCUUAUUGCUGAUUUCAAGGAACCCCCAAACGCCAAAUACCGAGCUGCACAUGUCUUCUUCACGGACUCUUGCCCAGAUUCCUUAUUCAAUGAACUGGUCAAAUCCCGGGCAGCAAAAGUCAUCAAGACCCUGACGGAGAUCAACAUUGCUUUCCUGCCGUAUGAGUCCCAGGUUUACUCCCUGGAUUCGGCGGACUCCUUCCAGAGCUUUUACAGCCCUCACAAGGCUCAGAUGAAGAAUCCAAUUCUGGAACGCUUGGCUGAACAGAUUGCGACUCUUUGCGCCACUCUGAAGGAAUACCCAGCUGUCCGAUACCGAGGGGACUACAAGGACAAUGCUAUGCUGGCUCAGCUGAUCCAGGACAAAUUGGAUGCAUACAAAGCAGAUGACCCAACCAUGGGAGAGGGUCCAGACAAAGCUCGUUCUCAACUUAUCAUUCUAGAUCGUGGCUUUGACCCCAGUUCUCCAGUGUUGCAUGAACUCACGUUCCAAGCCAUGAGUUACGAUUUGCUACCCAUUGAAAAUGAUGUCUACAAGUAUGAGACAAGUGGAAUUGGAGAGGCCCGGGUCAAAGAGGUCCUGCUGGAUGAAGAUGAUGACCUCUGGAUCACCUUGCGCCACAAGCACAUUGCUGAGGUGUCCCAAGAAGUCACCCGAUCCCUGAAGGAUUUUUCUUCCAGCAAAAGGAUGAAUACCGGUGACAAGACCACCUUGAGGGACCUUUCCCAGAUGCUGAAGAAGAUGCCCCAGUAUCAGAAAGAACUCAGCAAGUAUUCCACUCAUCUCCACCUGGCUGAAGACUGCAUGAAGCACUACCAAGGCACCGUGGACAAACUCUGCAGAGUUGAACAGGAUCUGGCCAUGGGCACCGAUGCAGAAGGGGAGAAGAUCAAGGAUCCCAUGCGUGCGAUUGUCCCAAUCCUGCUGGACGCCAACGUCAGCACCUAUGACAAGAUCCGGAUCAUUUUACUCUACAUCUUUCUCAAGAACGGGAUCACCGAGGAGAACCUCAACAAGCUGAUCCAGCAUGCUCAGAUCCCUCCUGAGGACAGUGAGAUCAUCACGAAUAUGGCACACCUUGGGGUGCCCAUCAUAACAGACUCGACCUUACGUCGUAGAAGCAAGCCAGAACGGAAGGAACGUAUCAGUGAACAGACCUACCAGCUCUCCCGAUGGACUCCGGUGGUCAAAGAUAUCAUGGAGGAUGCUGUGGAGGACAAACUGGAUACCAAACAUUACCCAUGCAUCUCCACCCGGUCAGCUGCUUCCUUCAGCACUACAGCAGUCAGUGCCCGCUACGGACACUGGCACAAGAACAAGGCUCCUGGGGAAUACCGAAGCGGUCCUCGCCUCAUCGUUUUCAUCCUGGGCGGGGUUGCUCUGAGCGAGAUGCGCUGCGCCUACGAAGUGACGCAAGCCAGCGGGAAGUGGGAGGUGUUGAUAGGUUCUACUCACAUUCUUACUCCCACCAAAUUUCUUAUGGAUCUGAGACACCCCGACUUCCGAGAUUCCACUAGGGUCUCUUUUGAGGAACAGGCUCCAACUAUGGAAUGA